AUGAGUGGCCAGCUUGCCGCACUCAGGGUUAGAAGUCCUCCUACAGAAGACAAUGAGAGCAGAUAUAUAGAUCCUCAUUUCAGAGAAACCAUUCCAGAAAUAUAUGAGAAGCAAGAAGGAAAGACUUUUUGCCCCACACAGUCACUUACAAGGGAGAAUUUGUCCCAAAAUGUCAUAGAGCUACUGCUCCUACACAAAUCUUGCCAAAGAGGGUCAGAGAACUGGGUCAGGGAAAGCAGGCAUCAACGUGUAACAGAAGAAGAAGGACGCAUAAUUGAGAUCCAAAACUUAUUUGGCCCAAGCACAGGAACUCAGAGGAAGCCUCAGUUAGUUGUACUACAGGGGGCUGCUGGGAUUGGGAAGUCAACGCUGGCCAGGCAGGUUAGGAGAGCCUGGGAGGAAGGCCAGCUCUACAGGGAUCGCUUCCAGCAUGUCUUCUUCUUCAGCUGCAGAGAGCUGGCCCAGUGUGAGCGGCUAAGUCUGGCUGAGCUCAUAGCACAAGGCCAGGCUGUGCCCACAGCUCCCAUCAGGCAGAUCCUGUCUCACCCUGAGAAGCUGCUCUUCAUCCUGGAUGGCAUAGAUGAGCCAGCAUGGGUCUUGGAGGAUCAGAAUCCUGAGCUCUGUCUGCACUGGAGCCAGCCACGGCCUGUGCACACACUGCUGGGCAGUUUGCUGGGGAAAUCCAUCCUCCCGGGGGCUUCCUUCCUGCUCACAGCUCGGACCUCAGCUCUACAUAGCUUCAUUCCUUCACUGGCGCAGCCACGUUGGGUGGAAGUCCUGGGCUUCUCUGAGUCAAGACGGAAGGAAUACUUCUACAAAUAUUUUGCAAAGGAAAGUGAUGCAAUUGCAGCUUUUUGUUUAGUUGAAUCAAAACCAGUGCUCUUCACCCUGUGUGAGGUUCCCUGGGUGUCCUGGCUGGUCUGCACUUGCCUGUCACAGCAGAUGGAGAAGCAGGAAGUCCUCUUACUGACCUCACAGACCACCACAGCCCUCUGCCUCAAAUAUCUUUCCCAGAGAAUCCCAGGUAAGCAUCUGGGGCCCCAGCUCAGAGCUCUCUGCUCACUGGCUGCUGAAGGGAUCUGCAAAAGAAGGAGCCUGUUCAGUGAACAUGAUCUCGUGAUCCAAGGGUUGGCUAAGGCUGACAUUGUGACCUUCCGGAAGAUCGGUGUCCUUCAAAAGCAGCCCGGCUCUACGAGCUACACCUUUGCCCACUUCUGUCUCCAGGAGUUCUUUGCAGCGAUGUCCUUUGUUUUGUGGGACAGUGAGGAUAGAUGUGGUUUUAUGGAAAACUACAGAAUUGUGGAAACACAAAAAGAAGUGUAUGGAAGAGAUGCUCGGUAUGAGGCACCCACUAUGCACUUUAUAUUCGGCCUUUUGAAUAAACAAAGAAUCAGAGAAAUGCAAAAGUUCUUUUCCUGCAGACUGCCUUGGAAGACAAAGUUGAGCUGGCUACGGGGCAUCCUAGGGGAAACCCUACCCCAUCAACUGGAUUCUCUGGGUUUGUUCCACUGUCUGUAUGAGAAUCGGGAAGAGGCGAUACUGACAAAUGUGAUGCAGGAUUUUCAAGAAACAAUGGUGCGUGGCCCAAAUGAUGUGGCUCACACACAGCUCCAGACAAACGUGAGGCACCUGGUGAUACAGACAGAUGUGGAGCUCAUGGUGGUCACUUUCUGCAUAAAGUUCUGCCACCACGUGAAGAGUCUUCAGCUGUACAGCGGUGGAUGUCAGGGACACAAGCUGACAGUCCCCGGCAUAGUUCUGGGCAGGUGGACCCCAGUCAUUGAUGCCAGCUGGAAGAUUCUCUUCUACAAUCUUAAAUUUACCAGAAACCUGAAGCAGCUGGACCUAAGUGGGAAUGCACUGAGCUUCACUGCAGUGCAGAGUCUUUGCCGCACCCUGAAACACUCUGGCUGCCACCUAAGGACCUUGUGGCUUGUCGACUGUGGCCUCACGUCCAGCUGCUGCACAGUCCUGGCCUCAGUGCUCAGUGCUGGAACCAGCCUGACUGAGCUGGACCUGCAGCUGAAUGACCUGGGUGACGAUGGCGUGAUGCUGCUAUGUGAGGGGCUCAGGAGUCCUGCCUGCAGCCUCAGCAUCCUGCGGCUGGACCAGGCCCCUCUCAGUGACCAGGUGAUUGCAGAGCUCAGGGCUCUGGAGGCAGAGAAGCCUCAGCUGCUCAUCUCCAGCACAUGGAAGCCACGUGUGGUGGUUCCCACCAAGAACACAGAUGGAGAAGAAAUGGGUGAUGGCCUGACCUCACUCAAGUGGCAGAGACCACAGUCAGUUCUUGGAGAUCUGCCGAUCUGCUUUAACGAACCUGAGAAAGGACAGGGACCCAAACAUGCUGAGUCCUCCCAUUUUGGCAUAAAGGGAACCCCAAGAUCUGCUGAAGGUUCCUGUCCGGAGCAGCGGGGAGUUGGACCUUCAGACCUUGCUCUCUCCUGCCACCUGCAGGAGGAAGCUACCACUGCACCCUUAACUCUCAAGGAGGCUGAGGAGAAACCAGAAACAAAGCUGAGUCUUAGAGUGCUGGGAAGUGACGAUGUCAUUGAAAGUCAGCGUCCUCCUAAUGAUUAA